UCAACUAUAGCGCCACAUGCAGUCACCUCAUGUAUUUUAUUCAUUUUGUGCUAAAAAAUUCUAAAAAUUAGACGUCUAUGUUAAAUAAUGUAUUUUGUGUAAUAAACAUUCUAAUUGUUAUCAUAACCUCACGAUUAUAAUCAAUGAACAAUCACAAUUUUUGUUUAUUUUUUAAUUCAAGGAUAAAUUGUUUAUUGCGUUGAUUCAGAAACUACAACUUUAACAGAGAAUUUCAAACUGAAUUUAUAAUUAUAUAUCACCAACAUGUCCAUCGAAAUUGAAUCAGCAGACGUUAUACGGUUAAUUCAACAGUAUUUAAAAGAAUCGAAUUUAGUAAAAACUUUGCAAACACUUCAGGAAGAAACUGGAGUAUCACUGAAUACUGUUGACAGUGUAGAUGGUUUUGUUGCGGAUAUAAACAAUGGCCAUUGGGAUACAGUACUCAAAGCUAUACAAUCUUUAAAACUUCCAGAUAAAAAAUUAAUUGAUUUAUACGAGCAAGUAGUAUUAGAAUUAAUUGAAUUAAGAGAAUUAGGUGCUGCCAGAUCUCUUCUCAGACAGACAGAUCCUAUGAUUAUGAUGAAACAACAAGAACCUGAAAGAUAUAUUCACUUAGAAAAUCUUCUGGCAAGGUCUUAUUUUGAUCCAAGAGAAGCUUAUCCAGAUGGAAGUACAAAAGAAAAACGUAGAGCUUAUAUAGCUAAUGCUUUAUCUGGUGAAGUAUCUGUUGUACCAUCAAGUAGGUUACUAGCAUUACUUGGACAAGCAUUAAAAUGGCAACAACAUCAAGGUCUUUUGCCUCCUGGUACAACUAUUGAUUUAUUCCGAGGUAAAGCAGCAGUAAGAGAUCAAGAAGACGAAAAAUAUCCUACUCAAUUAUCAAAACAAAUCAAAUUCGGUCAAAAAUCUCAUGUUGAAUGUGCAAGAUUUUCUCCAGAUGGUCAAUAUUUAGUUACUGGUGCUGUGGAUGGUUUUAUUGAAGUAUGGAAUUUCACAACCGGCAAAAUAAGAAAAGAUCUAAAGUAUCAAGCGCAAGAUGAUUUUAUGAUGAUGGAACAGGCAGUUUUAUCAAUGGCUUUUAGCCGUGAUAGUGAAAUGUUAGCCACUGGAUCACAGGAUGGUAAAAUAAAAAUUUGGAAAGUUCAAAGUGGUCAAUGUUUAAGACGCUUUGAGAAAGCACAUUCUAAGGGUGUAACUUGUAUUCAAUUUAGUAGAGAUAACGGUCAGGUAUUGACAUCAUCAUUUGAUCACACUAUUAGAAUUCAUGGACUGAAAUCCGGGAAAACAUUGAAAGAAUUCCGAGGUCAUUCAUCUUUUGUUAAUGAAGUAGUUUAUGCAUCUGAUGGACACCAUAUUAUUAGUGCAUCUUCUGAUGGUACAGUUAAAGUUUGGAGCUUGAAAUCAACAGAAUGCAUUGGAACGUAUAAAUCAUUAGGAGCAGCAGACUUAACUGUAAAUAGUGUUCAUGUGCUUCCGAGAAAUCCUGAACAUUUUGUUGUCUGCAAUCGGUCUAAUACAGUUGUUAUCAUGAAUAUGCAAGGUCAGAUAGUAAGAUCUUUCUCUAGCGGUAAACGAGAAGGUGGUGACUUUGUUUGUACUGUUGUUAGUCCACGAGGAGAAUUUAUUUACUGUGUUGGAGAAGAUUUUGUACUUUACUGUUUCUCAACAUCAUCUGGCAAACUUGAGAGAACUCUAAACAUUCAUGAAAAAGACGUUAUUGGUAUUGCCCAUCAUCCACACCAAAAUCUGUUGUGCUCCUAUAGCGAAGAUGGACUCUUGAAACUAUGGAAACCUUAAGUCCAUGUAUUUUAAGGAAUCUUCACCAAUAUGGCAUGUAAUUUGAUGUACAAAGAGAUGAGAGUUUGCCAGUCCACUGCCACUUUACUCAAUUCCAAACCUAUAGUGAGAAAUAUUUGUGUGUUGAUGCAGACCAAAGGAAUUUCUACUACAAUCGCUCAAAUAAAUGCGUGUAUAAUAUGAAUUGUGAAUUAUUUUUA